AUGAGUAUCUCCAACUGUUGUCGUGGGUUGGUGGUAUGUUAUUCUAUUGAAGAUCAUCCUAGGCUAUACUUGGUGAAUCCGUCAACCAGAGAAGUGAUUAGGUUACCAGACUCACCAUCUCAGAAACUUGGUUUUGCAUCACUUGGACUUGCCUAUGAUGCAUUGGUUGAUGACUACAAGGUUGUUCAAAUCUCUGAAACCAUUACGAGUUUAUAUUCACUCAGAUCAAAUUCCUGGAGAAGGAUUCAAGACUUUCCUUUCAUAGUUGCAGACUCCAUAUCAGGUGUGUUUCUGAAUGGGAAUCUCCACUGGUUCAAUUGUGAUAGGACCAAAAUGGCUUCAUUUAGUUUAGCUGACCAAAGUUUCAACACUGUUCCAUUGCCUGAUGAUAACAUAUUAGCAUCGCCAUUUGAAUCUUGUGUGAUUGGAGUUGUCAAAGGAUGUCUUUGUAUCCUAUCUCGAUACGGGUCUGCCGCCAAAUUUUGGGUGAUGAAGGAAUACGGCAUCAGAGAGUCUUGGACUAAAUUUGUUGUUGUCGUCCCUCGUUAUAUCUCCAAGCCUCUGGAUAUCUCAAACAAUGAUGAAAAUUUAUUUGCAAUUUGUGGUACCAGAUUUGUUAUGUACAAUCUACAAGACAAAACUUAUAGAUAUAUGCAGUUUCACAAUGCUCCUCUAUCUUGGCAUGAGGCAGAGAUUUGUUUGAACAGCCUUGUUUCACCCAAAUAUUACAAUGCCCUUUAG